AUGCCAGUACCUCCACUAGUGUGCAAAGAACUGCCACUUGAGAACUUCAAUGGGAGUUCAUUCCCUGGAAUAUUUAAACACAGCCAGUCCAAAGCUGCCUCCGAUCCAUCGGACGGCGCCGACGAAGGCGCCGAUCGUCCAGAGUUGAGAAGGAGACGGCGGAGACGAUUUUCAUUCUCCGCCGAUAGUUGGAGUUUGGGUCCGGUGGAUGACGCGGGUUUCCCCUUUGAUGACGACGACGAUGACGCCUUCUGUUUCUGCUGUUUCUUCUUAGGCGCCAUUUCUGGAUGCUUGAGAGAGUUUCGGAAGGGGAAAUUUGGAGGCGCCACGUCAGCCCCCGCCAGCUUGGACACGUUCCUCCGCACCUCGGCCAACGCCACCUCGUUCUCCGACUCUCUCUCCUUGAGCACCUUCAGCUCCUUUUUUGCCUCCUCGAGCUCCACCUCAAGCUUCCUAACGGCCUCCUCGAGCAAUAUUGGGCUUGGGGAAGCCGUGUGGGCCCACAUUGGGCUUUUAUUGGUUAUUGGGCUUGGGGAGAAGAUUGGGGCCUCCUUUUGUGGGAGUGUGAAGGGUUUAGGGUUGAUUAUAAUUUCUCCCGCCAAAAAACGCUCCCCGAAGAUGGCCACGGCCUCCUUCACCGAGCGAAAAGGGCGGGAAGUGUCGAUGGUCGAACGCCGGCUAUCGGGUUCGGGGGCUUGGGGCAACAAAAGGCAAGAGGGAUUUGUAUUGCUCGUGUUGCAAGAAGUAGACAACUCAACUAACAUGCAUGGAUUUGUAAAAGUUGAGACUUCGGGUAGCAAUAUGUGA